GUUCAAUCGGAUCCCAGCGCUGCCCGGUCCACUACACUACACUGAUUUUAAUUGCGAACGAACGCUUUUCCAUGUGUUUAAACUUGCCGUUUUAGCUUCGACAUUGUAUCAUCGUGUCAUAAGUUUAAUUAAAAAAGCAAAAAGUCUCGAGUACUGAAAUGUGAAAACAUUAACUGGGAUGUUCUAGUUAGCGAUCCGGGACCGCGAGUCGCUGAUUCAUUUGUUAGAACGGGUAAUGAGUGGAGACGUAGAUGCGCAUCGUCCUCGUCCCUUGUCCGGGGGAUUGUGGUCACUGCUUUCCUGGCUCCGACGUGACGAUCCUUCUUUGUCAAUUGAAAGUUUGUCAAGUAUAGGAUCUGAUAGAACCACCGCUAGUUUUGCUUUUUUAACUCCCGAGCACUAUCGUAUAGGAAAGAAGCCAACAGUCCUACCACCACCUGGACCUCCCACCGAUUCGUAUAAAAGGAGAGUUCAUGAUCGCAAUUUGAGAUUCAAACAUGAUUACAAUCUAACGCUACAUCGUAAAUACGGACUUCACAAGAGUCAAGAGAGUUUAGGAUACGACACGUUUAGCCUUCCACCUUAUAAGAAAUCAGACAAUCUAAGCAACGCCGGAAGAGACCGCAGGGCUGCUAGCGAGGGCUUUCAUCGCCGUGCCGUGCACGUACCAGGGAAGAGACGCGCGCCUCCACCUCCAAUACGAGCUUCAUCCCUGGGUCCUUCAACAUCACUCACUAGAAAGUCCAGAAAACGACCAGCACCUUUACCACCGCCUAUCGCAUUUACAACGAUAGACAAAAUAAAGACUGAUAAAAAAGUCAACUCUGAACUAUCGAUGAAUACUAAUUCAGAAAAUGAUGUGAAAUUAUUGAAAGCGAAUAUCAAUUUAAUGGAAUUGAAAUCUCAAAAACAUAGCAAAACAGAAAGCAAUGUAAAAGAAACUCGCCCACGGUCGGAGAAGAAUUUUUUAAAACACAUAUUCGAAAGCAAAAAGAGGCAUUCCGUUGAAACAGCUUCCAUUAGACUAUUACCUAGUAUCAGCGAGUUGGACAAGCAAGCCGCUGAAAUAAUUAAGAAUGACAAACUAAAAGGGUCUCAAAACUGUUCAGAUGAAACAUCGUUACAAACUUCCGGCGAUGACAUGUGGAUGUGUACCAUUUGUUUUAGAAAAUACAAGGCGUCAACUCCCAUAUGUAUUAAUUGCCCAGUUCCAAAAAAUACCAUUAAUACACAUUCUACUGCACUAGAAGGAUCCAAAAAGGUUAUUCCUAAUGCUUCCAAUAUAUACACACAAACAGAUUAUGAUAUUAAACCAUCAUGUAGUAAAAAUAAUAAAAGCGAUGAAAGGCAAAAGCUAAAAGAAAUGUUGAAAGAAAUGAAAGAUUCUCUUCCAAAGAAAAUGAAAUAUAACCAUGAUAAUCAAUUGCCAAACAACGUUUCUGUAGAAAAAUUAAAUGGAACAGACUUAAGUACCACCACUCCAACUUUGCGCAUAGGUACUUCAAACGAAAAACUUGCAACUUCAACUAAACCUGAAACAAUACAAGAAACAAAAAAAGAAAUACAAUCGCUAGUAAUACCCACAAUUCGAACAAUACAUCAGUCAGAGUUACCUUGUACAAGUCAGAAACUGUUGGGUGAUGAUCUGAAACAAACAAACUAUGUUAAAAACACAGAAAAUCUUGCGACACCAAUAUUUAAAGAAAUAAUACCAAAAAAUGUUGUCACUCACCAAUUUGAUUUGAACACUCCGCUAAAAAUUUCUUCGCUGUUAAAUCCUGUAAAUCCUGUAAAUGUAACAAAAUCCGAGAAUAUUGCGGUAACAUCAAAAGAGUUACAAAAUGAUAAAGUUACAAAAAGUACACAGAGCGAAAGACUCCUGAAAACACCAAAUAAUGCAGCUAAAGAGGACGUAAAAUCAGCUUUGGAACAACGCUCUGAAUCUGUAAAAGUAGAGGGCACUCGAAAUCAUUUAAAAAUUUCAAAAGAAACGUUGAUAGAGCCCAAAAUUUUUCGUAAUGAUAUGAAAAAUAUUGAAAAAGGAUUGCACGAUUCAAAUAAAAAAAAUAUUCAGAAAACUAUCAAUGAAAAUGAUAAAGAAACUCCAGUUCCUUCAACCAGUGCGGUCGCUUCAACAUCCAGUAACUUUAGUAAUAAUAUUAAACACGUUGAAAAUAUAAAUCACCAUUUGAAGCGGCGUGAACUUAUUAAUCAACUCGAAAAAUCAAUAGCGAACGGAGACGAACAAGCAGCGGCGGAUGCUGCAGCCAAAUUAGCUCAGUUACGACUAUCGUGCUCUGUUUUAUCUUUUUCUUCUCAAAUAUUUAGUGAGUCCAGAAACUUAAAUCCAAACUGCACCGGAGUAGUAACAAUUCCUGUUGUUAAUGAUGCCAAUGGGCAAGAUAAAAAGGAUAAUCUGCCCUCUCCAUUCGAACUUAAAUCUACAGUCGCCAACAACAAACAAUUAAUUAAAGAAAAACAAUCCGAACCCGUUGUUGAGACAACUGCACAAAACACGCAAAAUGUUGGAAAAGGAAUUGAAAAGCCAUUAUGUACAGCAGCAAAUCCCAACGAAAGCAAAGUUAUAAUAAAGGUGUGGGUUGAAGACCGAGAAGCAACCCGUGGACCAAUUAACUUAAACAUCGGAAAGAGAAAUGUUUUGGCUGAUUUGCGUCGAGAAGCUGAGAGGUCCCUCGGUAUCCCUACUAAUUUGCAACGUUGGAUCAUUGGACGGACCCUAUGCAGCGAUAAUAAUACUCCUCUUUACACUUUAGCUGGCCCAGAGCUUAAGGCUCCUUUUUAUUUAUGUUUAGUAAAGUCAGAAACGAAAACAUCUACAGAAUUAAAAAACGAUAAGACUGAAACUUCCACAACCAAGAAAGAAGUUCACGAAUCAGUCAAUGUAUACAAUGAGUUAGUGCAACUCGAACAACAGGCGUUGAUAGCGAACACAGAAACAUUCGAAUGUGGUGUUUGUUUGGAAGAAUGUGCUCCAGGGAAUGGUGUAAUAUUGCGAGAGUGUGUACACUCGUUUUGUCGAGAAUGCUUAACAGACAUCGUACGCCAUAGUGAAGAACCGGACGUUUCAUGUCCGGCGGUGGCUUGUCGCAGUUUACUACAAGAGCGUGAAAUCCGCACGUUAGUAUCCUCGGAAGAUUAUGAAAAGUGGUUGGCUCGCGGUUUAGCCGCGGCAGAGAAUGGCACGCGGAACUCAUUCCACUGUCGUACAAGAGACUGCACGGGAUGGGCUCUCUGCGAGCCGGGCGUGCGGCAUUUUCCGUGUCCUGUCUGCAAAAAAAUCAACUGCGUACCCUGUCAGAGUAUUCAUGAAGGCGAGACAUGCGAACAACAUCGAGUCAAGCUGGAGUCUAUAUCGAAUGCCAAUCCUGACCACACAGACGACAGUACAAGAGCUUUACUUUUAAAUUUAAUAAAGAAAGGCGAAGCUUUGGAAUGUCCGGAAUGCAAGGCUAUUAUUACGAAGAAAUGGGGAUGCGAUUGGGUCAAGUGUUCAGCAUGCAAAACAGAAAUAUGUUGGGUAACUCGCGGCCGACGGUGGGGCCAGGCGGGGCGUGGCGACACAAGCGGCGGCUGCCGUUGUGGCGUUGAUGGGAAAAGAUGCCAUCCAUCAUGUGGAUAUUGUCAUUAAAUGUUGAUCAUAACAGUCUGUCCGAUUAUUAAUUUUAUUAGGAUGUAUGGUAUGCUGCCUCGGCUCGCUCUACUGGUGCUAAUUAGGAUAUCUGUGGCUCGUAUUAAAGCCGCUAUUGUUGUGUAGCUCUAUUUGCCUGCCUUCGUGUCUAUGUUUCCGCUGAAGUACACGCGGCCGGGUUGAUGUUAAUACCCCAGUUCUUGACUUCAACUAAGCUCAUGCAUCGCGGCUCGCUUAUAAAAAAAUGUACAUUGAUGAUUAUGUACAAAAUAAUGUAUACAUUAUAGAUAAACAUUCAAAUCCCAGAACAUAUUUCCAUCAAUCAAAAUAUUAUUUACUUCAGCUUUUAAAAAUUACAAGACUUCAUGAACAAUGGGCGAGUGACUUCGUCUGCCCACCUAAAGGCCUAGAGCACACGCUCAUGGUUUUUCAUCCCAGUUUAUUCGGUACAACAUUAAUAUAGGUACAUAAAUUACACAAUAACACAAUAAUCUUCUUCUUUGUCUCCACCUUAUCCUACUAGGUACAGCGAAUUUUUUUAUUCAAUUCUCUUUCUUUCUCUAUCAGCAGUCAUCUCAACACUCACUCCUCUCUCUUAUCGUCAUUCACACACUCCAUCCACGUCUUCUUCGGUCGACCUCUUUCUUCUCUCAAUAACACAAUAAUAAGGUUUACUAAAAUUAACUCAAAAUUUAAUCUACUUGGUUGUUAGCGAAUACUAUAUAUUACGAUACCUACUUGUCUUUUGAAGUCGUCGUGGCCUAAGGGAUAAGAUAUUCGGUGAAUUCGUGUUGAGCGAUGCAACGGUGUUCGAAUCCCAGCCGGGUACCAAUUUCUCUAUUGAAUUACGUAUUCAGCAAAUGUUCACGAUUGACUUCCACGGUGAAGGAAUAACAUCGUGUAAUAAAAAUGAAACCCGCAAAAUUAUAACUUGCGUAAUUACUGGUGGCAGGACCUCUUGUGAAUCCACCACCGCCCUGGGUACCACCGCCCUGCCUGUUUCUGCCGUGAAGCAGUAAUGCGUUUCGGUUUGAAGGGUGGGGCAGCCGUUGUAACUAUACUGAGAUCUUAGAACUUAUAUCUCAAGGUGGAUGGCGCAUUUACAUUGUAGAUGUCUAUGGGCUUCAGUAACCACUUAGCACCAAGUGGGCUGUGAGCUCGCCCACCCAUCUAAGCAAUAAAAAAACCAAUUUUAGUUACUAAUUAGUAAAAAAAAAGUUAAAUUAUACUUAUUAGAUAUAUACUAUUAAAGUAUACUGUUCUAUAGAUAUAGGGAUAUAUGUAUCUAUCUCAUAUAGGUACGAUAACAUUGAACAUUGAUCAACUAUGAAAUGGCUAAAUUUAUAUAUUUUUUACGUUUUUUAUUAAUUUGUGUAAUUGCAAAAACUUUUAUUCACCGGUUUCAAUAAACUGUUAUAUGGAGCUUGUGCUCAUAUAUCAGUUGGAGCAAUACUGCUCACCGCUCACUGCGAGCCAAGCGUGUUGGGCACUGUUGGGUAACGUCUUUUAUGGUAUAAAUAGUUCAUCUAGCAAAUUAUCACAAUCAAAUCUGUUAUGAUAUGAAUCAAUUGCAUUUCGUCUUUAAGCUAUCUUCUGAAAUCAUAUUUUUAUCAACGAUUUCAUUUACGAUCUAUUGCUACACGAACUUAGUAUUGUCAACGAAAUAAAAUUUAAAGAAAAUCAUUUUUUUUUAGUCUUUAAACUACAGAGAGGACAUUGCAAUACCUAAAAUGAGUUAAAUAAUUGGGGAUGUAGAAGUGAUAAAUGAUAAUGCGGAUGUUGAUCGAUGGACGAACAGUAGUAAAUAAAAAUAAACAAUAUACAUAAUGAUAAUGAACGUUAUUAUUUGAAAAUGAAAUUGUAAGUGUUAAAGCUAUAAUUGAAAUAAAAUAGAUAAUUUUUAGAAUGUAACAACUUGCGUUCGAUGGACUUCAUUUGUUCAAUUUAAUAGAACGGGGGCCAAAUGGAAGCAGUGUGAGAUAAAGUAACUGUGAUUUUACUAACGGAUUAUAUAGAAGCAAGUAGUAAAAAUAAUUUGUGCAUCAAAACCCAUAGAAGAAUCAUGAUUAUCGGACUCUCUAAGAUGAAAAAAUUUUAGAUUAGGAAGUAACUUUAAGCUACUUAUUUUGUAACUGCGGCACACAUAAAACAGGAAAAAUAUUGUUACCAUUUGCCUAUUGUUAGUUUUUGUAACUAGGCUAGCUAGGUAGCUGCCUUACAUAUAUACAUCAAAUAUUUUCUACCAUCAUAAUGUAAUUUAUGACUAUUUAAUAAAUAAUUAAAAUGAAA